AUUCAUGAAGUUAGAUUAAUUAAUAUUUGUUAAUAUAAUUUUUUCGAGAGUUUCGAAUAAUAAUUCUAAACAGUGAUAGAAGAGGUUAAAGAAACUUCGAUGUUAAAAUAAUUGGUAAGAUGGCGCCGCAGAAAUACCCAGUAUGCCCCGCGCGAUUGAUUUGCGCAUGUCAGUUGUUCGCAUUGCAAAUGGCGGCUCCUUGUUAUUGUUCAUGGCGUUUUAUGACUUGUCCCUUUAUAUUACCGAUUAUGUCGAGUUUUUUUGCGAUCUUCACCGCGCGCACUGUGCAGAAAGUGGAAUAAGAUACGCGCGGUGUAUUUUAGGUUAAGCUAAGUGCUUUUGUGGUGUGUCUCCGUGCGAUUUGGACGCGAGAAAUCCCACACGAAAUUGGAAAGAAAUGGGACAAGUGCAUUAGUGCUGGAGUGGUUUGGCGUUGUCGGUUUACAACCGACGGAGAGACAUCUCAUCACAUAUAUAUUGUCUUAAUACCCUGAGGUGUCUUCACGCUCCCUGGGUAGUUAUGUGAUUUAUGAUUGUCAUGGCGGCAGACAGUGAUGGUGAUCUGAUUGAGACGGUGGUAACUUGUGAGGGUGACCUUGGUGACCCAGAAUUUCCACGUAAAUUUAAAACCAUUGUUGACCGUCUUAAAUCUCUGCUAUGUAAAGAGAAAGGAGAUGGUCUCAAAGUUAACAAAGUAGAACCAUGGAAUUCUGUAAGGGUCACAUUUUCCAUACCAAGAGAAGCUGCAUUGAGAUUGCGAGAAUUAGCAGCACAAGGAUCUCCAACACUUACUCAACUUGGCAUUCUUUCUGUACAGGUUGAAGGAGACCAGGUUAUAUCUUUAAGGAUAGCAAGUCGAUUUGGAGGUGAGGCACAAGAAAUUGUCUUACGUUCAGGAUCUUCGCAAGAUGCUGGAAAUAAAUCUCAAAGUGAAUCUACAAAUAGUUCAGUCACCAUUGACAAUGAUCCUACAACUGCUUUACCUGGUCCAAGUAAUACAUCAACAAUAUCUUCUGCAUUACGAAAUGUUGCUCAAAUAAUAGCAGCUGGUACAUCGUCAGAGAAAGCUCCUCAAUUCCGUUCUCCAAAUGUUGUGGCACCAACAGACUGUGAUCCUAUCCCACCUUUUCUUGCAAAACCUGUGCCGUCAACGGCUGGUAGUAAUGGUGUUGGUACUUCUGGCAACCAAUCAGUCACUAAUUCUAAUGCUUCACCCAGAAAUAAUUAUAAUGGUCCAUUCCCGUUUGCUAGCAUGACACAUGCUGCUCAAGCAAUACAUAGUCGAGAAUCACAAGCUACAACAAUAAAAAAUACAAUUCAGUUUAAACAGCAUACACAGCCACCACCGCCUUAUCCGAUACAAGAUAAUUUGGCAACAGUAACAGCCUUAUCCAGUGGUCAUACAACUACACAAACUGUAGUUACAGUUGGGCAAUUAACAACUCAGUAUAAAUCUCCAAUUACCACGACUUCUAGUCUGUCACCAAACAAUGGUAACCAUUUAACAGGAAAUUCCAAUGGUAGUGGUAAUCAAGUUGCUUUAUCAAGUCCAUUACUUGUGAAUCUUCUGCAAAAUGAUGCUACCUCACAUUCAAAUAAUGUGAUACCUGGUCAAAAAAUGUUGCCACCAGCUGUUGUUGAUAGCUCAGGAUUGGCAAAUCGUAUGAGACCUACGAAAAAGCCAACUGUUAGAAGAAAAGAGCUAACGUCGCCUAGUGAAUCGCCACCAAAUUUGGAUUCAUUAAGGACGGAAGAUCUGAUAGGAGGAUCAGCUAUUAUUCCAGAUAUAUCUCAAAGUUCACCAUCUUCAGCAUUUGUUGCAGUUAAUGCAAAUCAACCGUCAUCAAUUCCUCAACAACAUACAGUUAAUGUAAUUGGUGGUAGUAAUCAGAAUAUAAUGACACCACAAACGGUCCACCAAGUGCCAGUUGUUGGACAGAUACAGCAACAGACACCACCAAUACAUACUCCAGUACAAAUACAGCAAAAGUUUCCUAUCAGACAAGAAUUGACUUAUAGGCCUUCACAAAUGCAAAUACAAAGUCAACUUCCUGCUAGGCAUUCAGUGAAUGGACAAGUUAGAACACCUUUACAACAGCGGCAAUUAUUGCUUCAACAACAACAGCAGCAGCAACUUUUAGCUCAACAGCAACAGCAGCAACAAUUAGGCCAACAAAACAUGACUACAUCACAAUUAAUAACUCAGCAAGGACCUACAACGCAGCAGGCAUUGUUGCAACAGCAAAACACUAAUGCUCCAUUGCAAUCGACAUCUUUACCAAGUCAACCAGUUAUACAACAGCAACAAGUUCUACAACAUCCAACAGUAGCAUUAAAUGUAUCACAACAAAGGCUAAGUUACUUAAGUAAUCAACGUCAACAAACACCUCCACCAUAUCCACGACAACCAGUACCACAACAACCUCAUUUACCACAACAAAGUCAGACGUUGAAUGUACAACAGCAGUUACAUCACAAUCAAUUGAAAAAUAUGAAUGUCAAUACAAGUGCAACAACAGACUUUCGUUAUGGGCAAAGUCAAAAUAUUCUCAGUAGAAAUUAUCAGCCAUCUAUUAGCACUUCUAAUGGACCUACAUGGAGUACACAAAGUAGUUCCAUUCCACAGGGUGCUCAAGUUAAUACUACAAGGCUCACAGUCUCAAAUCAGGUUCCAGGUGCCUUUUCUCAGUGUGGCUCUCAUAUGAAUCAUACUCCUACGACUACUGCGACUGCUGCCAUUAAUAAAGUGGAAACAUCAGAGUCCCCAAAACCUGAAGAAGAGACACCAGAGCCAGAGUAUACAUCAACUGGAAAAAUCCGCCAAUUUCUCAUAAAUCCUCUUACUGGUCAUUUAGAACCAAUGCCUAGCGAAAGCUCUGAUUCAGAACCAGAAAGUGCAGUUGAUAAUCAGGAUGAUUUCUUUUCUUUUCCAUCUCCUUCAAAUGAUAGAUCAAAUUCUAUCUUUUCUGAUGAUGAUGCUGAUAGUAAUUUUUCAAGAAGAAACGAUACUACGACCAAUACCGAUCAAUCAGAUUCUGAGACAACGGUCAAAUCUACAGCCAGUGAAGGAAGUUUAAAGCAUAGUAGGAUAAAACCUACAAGAGAAUCUGCGCACAGUCCAAUGCCCGGAGAAAAGAUUAAACUCCGAUUAAAAUUAGAAAAAUCAGAACCAGUUACCCAAGCAUAUAAAGUUGAUGUAUCAUUUGUAAACACACCACCUGUUAGGAAAGUUGAUAAGUCGGUAAACAAAAUGUUUACUACAGGUAUCUCUAGCUCAGGGACUGGUGACGAACCACGAGUGCCUCCCUUACACAUUUCUUUAAGAGGACGUAAUGCUUCUGUAGUACAAAUCAGGAAGAAAGAAAAAAAGUCUCUGAAAGAUGGGGAAACUGAUGUAGCUAAUGUAAAAAGAAAAGGAAAAUUGAAAAAAAUGAAAGAAUGUAUAGAUGGGAACAAAUUGCUGCAAAAAAAAUCAUCACUGAACAUGAUUAUAGGUACUUCGUCUGCUUCUAAACUACCCCUAUCCAACUCUGCGAUGAUCAAUAGCGCCAGUACCAUUAGCAAAAUGAAUAAUAUUCUUCAAACUGUUGUUGCAAAACCUAAUGCCUUUAAGCAAGAAGUGUCAGUAGAUUCCAUGAGGCUGCAAGGUGGGCUCAUUAAGCCAAGUUCAAGUAAAAAUAAUGAUGUGGAUGAUAUACCACUGAACAGUAGAAUUCCAUCUCCAUCUAAACAUAAAUCUACUAUUUUAAAUCAACCUUUGAAUACACCACAACAAAAUAUAACCAAGAAUCAAAUGGAAGUUGAUGUACAAAAUCAUACGCAUGAACAAAAAAUAGGGGGAGGUAAAACCAAAAGAAGAGAUUCCAAGAAGAAGUCAGAAUCUGGAGAUGGUAUGCACAGAGAACAAAAUUUAUUGUCAGGUGGUAGAAUUUUAGAUAAUCAAGCCAAAUGGAGAAAAUUGGGUUAUAAAGGUGAUUCCCAUCAAGCGAUACGAAAGUCAGAUACACUUUUAACAGGAAACGAUUUCACAACUGUUAAAAAAGUCGGCGAAAUCAGGAGAACCAGUGACAGUGACAUAAAUAGAUCAGCUGUAGAAAAGAACAAUGCUUUAAAUGCGGUCACCUCAAGAUUAACAGAAAUAAAUGGUGUAAAAAGUGAUUUAAUUAAUCAAGAGAAAAGAAGACGUUUAAGUUUAAUGGAUGAAAAGGAUUUGCAUUUAGGAGAAUGUCAUAACACAGAGGCUACCAAUCAGAGCAGUCAAAAAGUUGUUUCUGAGUCUUCUUCACCAAAUGUUGUUUCAAAUGCAAAAAAUGUUACCAAUGUACCUUAUGAGAGUGAAACACAAAAUUUAAAAACAAAAAAUGCAAUAAUGCAAAAUGAUUCUAAUGCAUCAAACAAUUCCGAAGUUAAAGUGUCUGUGCUUACGGAUAUGGCAACUAAAUGUCCUCAGCAAUCCAUUAACAGAAUUACAACUGUCAAAAGUAAACCAGAUAUUGACAAUUGCAAAGUGAAUGCAAAUACAUUAACUAAAAAUCAAAGUCUUGGACAGAAAUUAAAAAAUCACAUGAAUACUAAGAAUGACACAAAUGCUACUAUUAAUAGGCACAAGGUAGAACAUUUUAAUAAUAAAAAGAUAACUCAGAAUCACAUAAUAAAACAAGCUGACAGAACUGUGAUUGAAAAUAAGUUGGAUAGUUCACAGAGGAUAAGUUUAUUAAAAACAUCACAAAGUUCAAUAAUCAGCAACACAGUGGACCAAGUUCCCAGACCCCAAAGUAAUGAUUUAACAACUGGCAAGCCAACUUUACCUAUUGGGGAAAUCAAUGUAACGGAAGCUAAAGUGAAGCAGAAGUUACUUGAGAAUACAACAGUUCCUAUUGGAAUUGGUGUUGAUGCAAGCGUAGAAAGAGUUGGUAGUGGAGGAGGUGGGGAGGAUUCGGGGAUAGAAUCUAUGGAUGCUCUUUCAGAAAAGUCACCAAAUCAGGGGGAAUCACCUUUACAUAGGCCAGUGACUGAAACAGUGACACAAAGCAGCACUAAAAGUGUUAUUCAAGGGGAACCAUCCCUGCCAACCACCAAUAAGAACGUGCCUUCCUCAACUAAUAGUAGUGAUAUGUGUUCAAAUACCCAUACGGAACUUCUUAAGUCCAAUGCCCCACAAAGAUUAAGCCCUGUGUCUGUUGCAAGUUAUCUUGAAAAUCAUCUUAAUUGCAAUGUACCACAUUCUAGUGAACAAGAUACGAAGAAUAUACCUAGUGAAAAGACAGUAACAAUAACAACAACUUCAAGAACUAGUGGUCAUAAUAGUGACUUGGUUACUAGUUUAGAGAUAACUGAAAAUGAAAAAAGUGUUUCCAAUCCACUAGUGACAGGAUCAGUGACUGUCGUGACUGGCACUAUAAGUAGUGGCAUGGAUAGUGAUAAUUUAUUACAAUGUGCGCAUCAACAAAUAAGCAACUUCUCUGAAACAGACAAUUGUAGCAUUAAAUUAGAAGGUACUAUUAACCAAAAUGAGCAGGGUACGACAAACUCUAAGCACGAAGUGUUAAGGGAUACAGAAGAUAAACUUGAAGACAGUGUAAAAACAAUAACAGAGAGUGACAGUGCAAUUAGAUUAAGUGAAGAACCUCAAGGACAGAAUAAUAAUGGUGUGCCUCUAAUUCAAAAUCAUGUUACAUAUAGUAAAGUUAAAACAGAAAAGCUUGAUAAUACAGUUACAAACAAAGCUACCACAGUGGUGGAUAAUACAUGUCCAAAUAAUCAGAGUCACAGUCCAGAAAUCAAAGCAGAGCCUGUAAUCAAUGUUAAAGUGGAUGACACAAGGCAGGUUGAUCAGUCAGAUAAUUCUAAAAAUAAUGUAUCAUUGAACACAGGCUCCGUUCAAGUAGAAUCUUGUACUGAUCAAAACCAAAAAUCUAAUGUACAAACUCCUCAACAAAUCUCAGUCAGGGAACCUUCAAUGAAUCUUCAAAAAGUUACAGACGAUUUGGUUAAGAAAAUUGUUAAUGAUGCCAGUGAAGUAAAUAUAGGUAUCCAGUCACCUCUUGGUGAGGAUCCACAGCCAAUUAGGAUUACACCACCAUUGUAUACAUAUUCUAAUCCAGUUGUUUUGCAAAGAGAUGAGACUCCAAGCCCAGCAGCACAAAAUCUUGAAGUAGAUUCCAGCGAUGUAGAGCAUGUAAAACGGAAACGCAGAAGAAAACAGGAAUUAGAAGGUCGACAGGAUGUCAUAUGUAUCGAAGACAAUGAUGAAGCACAUUUUGUGGAAAGAUUAAAUUCUAAUAACUCAGACGAUUAUAUUAAAAGACCACCUAAAUCUUUGCUAGAACAACUUUUAAUAGAAAUUCCAAGUGAAAGUAAUGAAAAAAGAUCACUGAGAACUAGAUCACAAAAACUUAACAGUCCAGACAUUGCCAAAACUCCAAAAAGCAGCCCACAUGGUCCUAAUAAGCUGGAGGAAAGACGUAGUAUAUCACCAUACGCAAAAGCUAGUCCAAAGUUAGGAUCAUCUAAAUUGUCACCGAAUACAACAACUAUGAAAGUAGGGAAAAGAAAACGACAAGAAAGUGAAAGUUCUGUAGCAUCAAGUACGGCCGAUGAUCCACAACCACGACCAGGAAAACGAAAAUGUUCCGAAAACGCUGCAGAACUCAUCAAAGCUUGUAUGGGCGUAGAAGAAACUGGACCUAUUAAGAAACAAAUACCUGGCAAAGAAGAACAGCCCAAAAAGGGAUUCAACAUAUUGGCUAAAGCUAAAAAAGGUCCCAUUGUGGUAGAAGUAGAUUCUUCUGACGAUGAACCAUUGAUUGAAUCUGUAGGAAAAGCAAGAAUGAGAUUGUCAGAUGAAACAACCGCUGCUUCUCCAAAGCCUAAAGAUCAAAAAACAAAUUCAACUACAACUGUUUCUGGCAGUCCAAUUAAUUCUAGUAAUAUAUCAAAUUUCAAUGCCAGUAAUAGAGUGCAAAGAGAAGGCCGUUUAUUAACAACCAAACAAGCAAGUACACCGACAGCUGUGAAUGCUGGAAAAGAAAGGCUACGUGGUACUUCAGUAUCAAGUAAUGAAUCAGUAGGAGAAGUAACAACAAGACGAUCUGUUCGACAGAAUACAGCUUCACCAUUAGCAACACCGGCAAGCAAUACAAGGGGUGCAUCUAGAUCUACAGAAGACGUAAAUAGAAGAAAAACUCGAAGUGGAGCUGCGGGAACAUUGUUUUAGUAACGACUGAGGCAGCAGAACAGGCGAAACGGAGGCGAAUAUCCCGAGAAAACAAAUGACCCUCGGGAAGUGACCUUGACAGUGAUUAGCUACCGUCGCUUGUCAAGGCCUAUCCGUCUGAUUAUCAAUCCAUUAUAAACGAUUACUUGAUCGCCGUGUGGCUGGACCCCACCUGGUGAAUGUGUAUGUGUCGAUAGCGCACAAACAUUGUAUAUGUCUGGGGGUUUUAUAGCAAUCGGAACGCUGGAUGGUGUAAAAAAGAAAUAAAUUUAUGUUAUAUCAUAAGAAGCUGAAUGAUCUAUUUUAAAAUAUACAAAAAAUAUGAACGAAAAAUAUAAACUUUGAAGCUUCGUUUAAAUAUUUUUUGUAUAUUCUGUAUAAAAUUUUCAAGUUUUCUUUAAUAAUGUACUAUAAGAAAAGAUUUGUAUUCCAUCUGAACGAUCGUCAUUGGAUGUUACUUUUUUAAAUAUCUAAGAAUCUUAAUUCUAAAGGAAGAUCAAUAUGAAAAAAAAAGAUGAGAAUGAUGUAUUUUUCACUGUCCAGCAUUCUUUCUUGCAAUCUACUCCUCUAAACAACAAAGUUUAGUUACUCAGAAUCUAUUCAGCAUCUUAUGUUUUGAUCUAAGUAACUAAACUGGAUUUAAAACUGCCGAGUCAUUAUGUAACUUUCUUUUACCAAUUACAAGUUAUUAUUAUUCAUUUAUAGAACGAGGUCGCAUUAUUAUAUAUGUGCAAUUCGGUCAAGUUCGAUUUUUAUGUUUGAGGUCAAUAUUUACAGCUCUAUGUGUGCGCGCGCGCGCGUGCGUGUGUAUUAUUUAUAUAUAUUUUAUUUAUAUAUAUGUAUAUAAAUAUAUAUAUAUAUACAC